AUGGAGAGCGAGGGGCCUGAGAGGGUUCAGCAGACCUCGCCCGACUCGACUCCCCUCAGCGCGUCACCUGGCGCCGACUACCUCACCAGCCUCCCUACCGAGCUCUUUUUGACCAUUUGCGAGUUCGUUCACGCUCAACGGGCGGGACCAUACCUCGCCUUGAUCUCGCGACGCUUCCUCCCCUUUGCGCGGCGGCUCGUCUUCGACACUGUCGAGUGCCGCUCGAUCGCUCGCAUCCGGUGCCUGCACAUGGCACUUGAGACGUGCCCGGAGCUUCGAAUCGUCGUCCGCAGGCUCGUCCUUGGGCGAAGCUACUCUCGGGUGGACGACUUCGGCGAGGACGUGCCGCCGAUUCCGAUUCUCCUCGCCUGUCUCGACAAUCACACUACAAGCGUUCUUCCCCUCCUCCAGCGCGUCGACCUGCACGACUGUCUGGAUGAGGAGCAGAGGAUGCACCUCGUCGACACUCUCGGCGCUCUUCAGCAAUACCCCCACCUUCACGAACUCUCAGGAGUCACACGGUUGACCAUCAGCGGUCGCCUGCCGUUCAAGCCAAUCCUUGGUUUCGCGCGGCGGUCCUACAAGCGCUUGACCUGCCAGACCAAAACGGUCACAGCUGACGAGCUCGUUACAUUGCUCGGUUAUGGGCGGUCUACCCUCGGCCGCCUCGUCCUCGACAUCUCUCUCCUUCCGAUCGCACCUCCUCCUUCGGUCGGCGUAACCUUUGAGGGCAUGUCGCGCGUACUUGAGCAUGCCGAAGUCGCCGGUGUGCAAGUCGAGGGGAAGGCUGUGCAGGAACACCGAGUCGAGCAACGGCGUCGAGCGAUGCGGGAGGUCGGAACGGUGUAG